GUAGAAAUGUUAUCACAUUAAUUGUUAUCUUAAUGGAGAAAAGGUCCAAUAAAUAGUGUGCCAUUAGAACCAGGACGUAUAAAUAAAUUAAUUUAAUAGAUGGUAGAGGGAUAUUCUGUAUGGAUAUAAUGAAAGAUCAUUUAGUUACAGGAUCAGCUGAUCAUGGUUUAAGAUGUUAUAAUAUAUCAUCAAUGAAGUAUGAAAAAGAAUUAUAUUCAAAACGAUAUGGUCAUAGUGAAUGGGUUAGUUCAGUAUAACAUUUAUAGAAUGGAUAAAUAGUAUCAGCAGGAAUGGAUAGUAAGAUUUGUUUAUGGGAUGCUAAGGGAGUUAGAUGUAAUGAUCUAAAUGGACAUUAAGGAUCUAUAACUAAAUUAUUGGUAGAUGAAUAAUCAGUAUGUAUAUCAAGUUCAUAUGAUUAAACUUUGGUAAUUUGGUAAUUAAGUUCGAUGUAAGAAAGCAGAAAGUUAUUUGGUCCACAUAAAAGUGCAGUUUUAGAUUUUGAUUGGAAAAAUUCAUUAUGUGUAAGUGGUGAUAAAUUGGGUACUGUAGUAUUUUGGGAUAUUAAUGAAGGAGAACCAGUGAUGUCAAAACAUGUACAUUAAGGAGCUGUUUCUAAAUGCUUAUUGUAUUCAGAUGGAGGUAAUAAUAAUUUAGUGAUUACUGCUGGUAUUAAUGAUGGAACAAUAGCAAUUCAUGAUAUGAGAACUAAUAAAUUAGUAAAUUAAAGUUAAAUUCAUAAAGGAUCAAUUAAUGGUUUAACUGUUAACCUUUAAAAUUUUAGUAAGAUUCUUAUUUUAUUUUUUAGUAAUUACUGGAAGUGCUGAUGCAACUUGUAAAAUUAUAGAUAUUGUUGCUGGAUUCAAACCAGUUUCAAUGAUGAAAGCUAAAGAUGCUGUUUUUUCUAUUGAAACUAUUUAUAAUAUGACUAUUGCAGGAUGUGGAGAUGGCAAUAUUCUAUUUUAUGAUAAUGAUUCUGGUUAAUGUCUUUAUGGUUUUGGAGCUAUGAAUAAAGGUUGUGUAAGAUAGAUGAAAAUUAAUGAUAAUAAAACUAAAAUGGUAGCCAUUGGAGAUGACUUUUCUCCUAUGGUUUUACAAUAUUAAUGA